AUGGGUUCCAUGGGGUACAAGGUCACGGGCAACGAAUAUGCUCAUCCUUUGAUUUCUGAGCGAGCGAUCGACGAACCGCGGCCAUUGAAGGUCAUUUAUAUUGGCGCCGGAGUCAGCGGCAUUUGCGCUGCAAUUCAAUUUCCCAAAGCUAUACCAAACUUGGAGCUCGCUGUCUACGAGAAGAAUGCAGACGUCGGAGGGACAUGGUAUCCAGGUUGUGCCUGUGAUAUUCCUGCGCAUUCGUAUCAGCUGAGUUUUGAAUCGAAUCUUGAAUGGAGUAAAUUCUAUGCCGGUUCUCCAGAAAUCCUCGAAUAUUGGCGCAAAGUUGUCGACAAGUAUGACAUCCGGAAGUAUAUGAAAUUCAACCAUAAAUGCCUCGAAGCUCGAUGGAAUGAAGAAACAAGCAAGUGGCACGUCAAAUUCCAGAAAGUCGGCUCGGACGACAUCGUUGAGGAUAUCGGAGAUGUCUUCAUGACUGGUACUGGGGUAUUGAAUGAAUGGAAAUGGCCAGAUAUCAAAGGUCUUCAGGAUUUCAAGGGGAGACUGAUGCACAGCGCUGAUUGGGACCCUAACUAUGACGCGACUGAUAAAAGCAUUGCAGUAAUAGGAGCUGGAAGCAGUGGGAUUCAGAUUGUCCCGACGCUCCAGCCCAAAGUCAAGUCAAUGGAUUGUUACAUCCGUGGACGCACAUGGAUCGCUGCUACCUUUGGCAAUGAGCUCGUGCGAGAACGAAACAAUGGACAAGACGGCAACUUUGACUAUACUCAAGAGGAGAUUGACGCAUGGAAGAAGGAUCCGGCAUCCUAUGUCAAGUAUCGAAAGGCGCUCGAGAUCGGAAUGCAAGGCAACUUUGCCAUGACCCAUCGCGGCACAAAGGAACAUGAAGGAGCUACGGCGCAGUUCAAAGAAGAUAUGGGAAAGCGAUUGGCGAAGAAGCAGGAGAUUGCUGACCAUUUGAUCCCUGACUUCCCGCCUCUCUGUAAACGACUGACCCCUGGUCCUGGUUAUCUCGAGGCUCUAACGGCAGACAACGUCAAUGUGGUGUACGACAAGAUUUCUCACGUUGAUGAGACCGGCAUUACGACAAGCGAUGGCAAGCAUCGUCCCGUCGACACAAUUGUGUGCGCCACCGGAUUUGAUACUUCUUUCCAAGGGCGUUUCCCAAUCUAUGGCCGCGGAGGAAUGAAUCUUCAAGAACGGUAUCGAGUGCGACCGGAGACCUACCUCACCGUCUCUGUUGACAAAUUCCCCAAUUUCUUCCAGUCCCUGGGUCCAAACGCAGGUGUAGGAAAUGGCAACCUGUUGAUCAUCGCCGAAGCCAUCGCGCUCUAUGUUGUCCAGAUCUUGAAGAGGUUGGGGCAAGGCAAUGUCAAGACGAUUGAGCCAAAGAGAGAACAAGUCGAGAACUUUACUAACUACUGCGAUGCUUACUUUAAGCGGACCGUGUUCUCGGCUGAAUGUGGAAGCUGGUAUAAAUCCGCGCCUCCAAAUGCCACUCAUGAGGAACGAAUGAAAGGCAGAAUUACAGCGCUUUGGCCUGGAAGUAGCAUACACGCAGUCAGAGCCCUUGAGCAUGUCCGCUUCGAUGACUUCGAAAUGACGACGGUCGACGGUAAUGAGUUUGGGUGGUUUGGAGAUGGAUGGGCUAUAGCAGAGAGGUCGGGCGAUGUCGAGGGACUAUCGUGGUACCUCAAUGAUACCAGAUUCGUUCAUGAGCCCCUGCAAAAAGGUGAGAAGCUAGUGGUGAACGAGGACAAGGUUAUGAAGCACACUGAUGAUUGCCUGCAAAAUGGAGAGAUUGCUGAGGGCUUCCGCGUGCCUGACGGCGUAGCAGCCACUUGA